GAGCAAUUAACAACAUCAUAUCAAAGCAGAGAGAAAAAGAAAAAGAAAAAGAUGGGAAGAAGAAAGAAGAAGAGCAUUCCACACAUAGCUCUAAGGAUGAGAGCUACCAACUCACCAAAAAACCAAUCCAAUAAAAUCUUCAUCGUCAGUACUGACAUGACUCGAUCCAUGCAAAUUGAGACCUCAGACAUCUCAACCACGGUGUUUAACAAGAAUCACAAUCUGGAUAGAGUUACUGCAGAAGAGAUCAAGAUAGAGUUUGAUAACAGAUAUGGCCCCACUUGGCAUUGCAUUGUUGGUCGCAAUUUUGGAUCACAUGUACCUCAUGAAGUAAAACACUACAUCCAUUUCUUUUUCAAAGAUAAAGCGGUUUUACUUUACAAAUUUGGCUAACCAUUUUGUGACGACGACGACGGCCGCGGCAAAGUUGACAGAAGAAGAAUGAAAUUUGUCUUGGUGAUUAUUCUGUUGUGUUAAUUCCUCUGGCCAUGCUUUGAUGCAAUAUUGUAAAUAAACUAGUUCUCAAGUUUUAAGAUGCAUGAAUCUACUUAGAAUA